CUUCUGCUCAGUCAAUACAAGUAUCUUAGGGGAGAUAAAGAAAGCUGCAGUCAUGCAUAUGCUAACGUCCAUCAGGACAUCGAAUGGGAAGAUCGAGAUCAUUGAUCAAUUGCUCUUGCCACAUACGACAAAAUACGUAGAGAUCACCUCUAUCGAACAGGCUUAUGAUGCUAUCAAAGACAUGAAGAUUCGUGGUGCUCCGGCCAUUGCAUCAUUGGCAUCACUAGCUUUUGCUGCUUACAUUCAAACCGGUCUCGACAGUGCUCAGCCACCAGCCUUCCUCCUGUCACCCGAAUCACUUUCCGCCCAUGUGAUCCAUAAACUCGACUAUCUCUCUGGCGCACGUCCGACAGCUGUUAAUUUAGGUACAGCAAUUCGCCGCCUGAAAGCGGUCCUUCAGUCUUCUACAGAUGCUGGAAAAUCCGUUGGACUGAUCGCAGCAGAUCUGAUUAGCGAAGGGAAACUUAUAGCCGAUGAAGAUUUCGAUCGUAAUAAAAGAAUGUCAGAGCACGGCGGUGAAUGGCUUGCAGAACUUGACAGGGGAUAUGGAGGCAGUGGUCAAGAACUUAAUAUCCUCACCGUGUGCAACACGGGCUCCCUUGCGACAUCGGGCUACGGUACAGCACUCGGGCUGAUUACCUAUCUCCACGAGCAAAAGAAGCUAGGUAAAGCAUACUAUACCCAAACCGCUCCAUACCACCAAGGGUCCCGCCUUACGGCACUAGAGCUCAAGACAAUGCAGAUCCCCUCAGUGAUGAUUUGUGAUACAAUGGUUGGUUCUCUAUUUCAGCAUCAUAAGAUCCAUGCCGUCGCGGUUGGUGCCGAUCGGAUAGCGAGGAACGGAGACACCGCGAACAAAAUCGGGACUUAUAACGCGGCCGUACUUGCGGCACGGCAUAAGAUUCCAUUCAUUGUUGUUGCCCCGAUUAGCACUGUCGAUCUCGAUACCCCAGACGGCUCAAGCAUUCCGAUCGAGCACCGCAAGCCGCUCGAAGCUUGCCUCGUGCGCGGGGCUGUUUAUCCCUUUGAUGUCGAUGCCGAAGGAAAGGUCAGGCAGGAGACUGUCAUGAUUACCCCGAGUGGCCUCGAGGGGAUAUACAAUCCAAGCUUUGAUGUCACCCCAGCUGAAUUAAUUACCGCGAUUGUCACAGAGAAGGGCGUCGCAACUAGGAAAGAGGGCGAGACUAGUUUCGAUCUAAGUGGGGUCGUAUGAUCUUACGAGAUAUCAACUAGAAGUAGCAUGUACAUGUACUCACACAACGGUUCAGAAAUUCAGCUUAAACAGCCAGUGUUUAUUGUUUCCGAAA